GUCACCUGAUCAACCGUCAACGCCCACAUUCAAGCAAGAACGUUCACACGUUGACGGCGACCACUACGUCCAAAGUUGUCAGCACAGAACUGGUGAAAUUUGGCAGGAUGUAUCGAACUGGUGGAUCAUUUGGGGGUUCCAGAGGAACUUGUAUUGAACAAAUUCUCAAGAAGAAUUUGCCAACGACAUCAGGACCAACCCGAUCACCAUCUAACAUGAAUAUAGGUUUUGAUCAGCAAGUGAAAAGCACUUUUAAACCUGGUCAUGAUGGAAGACCAAAAGUCUCUCCUAAAACACUGAUUGCCAGAUACAGGAAUGGAGAGACAAAUGCUAUAUCUUUGCUCCAUCAGCUUGCCCAGACUUUGCAGUUCCAUCUGGAAAUGAAGGAGACAGUAGCCCCAGCCAGUACAACAGGGCUUUAUUUUGCCUUUUGCGCUGUGAUCGAUGGAGUACAGUACAAGACUGGUAUAGGAGUAACAAAGAAGGAGGCUCGUCUGAAUGCAGCGGAGCUUGCUUUUCAGGAUCUCCAGCCCACCCUGGAGAGUCUGAAAUCUGCACUUCCUGAAGCAUCAUCCUUGGAUGUCCCUGCACCUUUGCCAGUAAAAGAGGAGCCCGCCAUUUCUGAUAGCCAUGCUCAUAGAGCCAUGCUCGAAAGGAAGCCAUUUGUCAAUCUGCAGAUUCCACAUGCUGUCAGGGAUCAGCUCACGAAACUGAUGAAUAGUCACCCAGAGUUCUCCGGAUGUGCAGUCACCACAGCAGCAUUCAUUCUUCAGACUUCCAAUGGAUAUGAAGUGGUUGCUCUUGGGACUGGUAAUUUUAAUACAAAAGAGAGUAUCUCAUCGAACGGGAGGAUUGUGCAUGAUUCACACGCAGUUGUCACAGCAAGAAGAUCUCUUAUGAGGUUCCUGUACCGGCACCUGCUGAUGUUUUUCAGCAAAAAUGCAAAUCUCACUCAGAAGUCAAUCUUCCAGCAAAGCAGCAGCAGCAGCUUCCUCAGCCUGAAGAGUGGUAUAACUCUUCACCUCUAUGUCAACCAACUGCCAAAGGGUGCUGCGCAGAUCCCUUCCAAACUGCGCCUGAACCCACUCUCCAUGUCAGCAUGGCAAGUUAACAGCGAGAUCAGCCUACACCUGUCUGUGGAGGGCAAGGUGUUCUCGGUUUUCUCAUCACUCCUUGAUCAAUCUAACUCCAAAGUUGUCAGCAUGUCCACAACAGACAAGAUCACUCAGUGGCAGGUCCUUGGAUACCAGGGAGCCUUGCUUAGCCACUUUAUCGAGCCCAUCUAUGUCCACAGCAUCCUCAUAGGUGACUCUGACUGUAGUGAAAUUCGUGGCAUGGAGAUGUCUGUCAGCCAGCGUGUAGAGGGCAUCACCUCCAAGCUGCCCAUGUUCUAUUGCAUGAUGAGGCCUCACAUUAGCCUGGUGCCAUCUGCGGCUUCCAGUCAUGCAGGCGGUAACCAGCUGACCUACGGUAUCAACUGGAGCGAGGGAGACAGCUCCCUGGAGGUUGUGGAUGGUCUGGAGGGCAAGACCAUAGAGGACUCUCCCUUUAAGAGUGGAUCUGCCCUAGCAAGCCGUCUGUGCAAAGCAGCGAUGAUGCACCGCUUCAGGUUGGUGGCCAAAGAGGCUCAGAGGACGGACCUGCUGGCCACAAGUACCUACAGAGAAGCCAAGAUGAUGGCAAAGCCAUACCAGGAAGCCAAGAAUGUGCUGCGGGCGUACCUGUUGCAGAAGGGCUUUGGUUCCUGGCAAGACAAGGUCUUGGUUAGUGAUAACUUCAGCAUGUGAAUAAUGUUACAACAUUAAAGAAGAAUGUUGAUCAAUAAUCAGUUGUGUUCAAAACGUUCAGCCUACUUUUCAUUUGCACCACUUGCUGCAUGUUGGUUUCAGAAUUUGUUUUUUCAAAAUACGUUUAAAGAUUUGUAGAAAAUAAUUUGAAAGCACCCAACAUAGAAUAUUGCACCACAACUGGUCUUUAGUUUUGCUUCUUUCAGUUAAUACAUGUACUGUAUAUUAAGUACAUUCUUUCUUUAUUAACAUUUUCACUGGUUCAUAUACUGUAUCUUUUGUGAUGGAAAUGGCCAUAGAGCUUAGGACAGAAAAAAAUAAAAGUAUGUCAGCCAAAGCUCAUA